CAGCAAAGCAGAUGUCCCAAGUCAUUAUGGCGAGCAGCGAGAGGGAAUUUGCCAUCGUUGUUUUCGGUGCUAGUGGAUUCACCGGCCAAUAUGUGGUGAGAGAGGUGGCGAAGAACUGCAAGGGAAAGUUUAAGUGGGCUAUUGCUGGUCGCAGUAAGGACAAACUGGAGAAGGUUUUGCAGGAGACUGCCAGCGAACUUGGUAGGUACACUGCAUUUGCACAACAUCCCCACAGGGUGUUGUUUUUUCAGAUGGGGUAACAUCAUUAACGAGGGUUAGUGUUGCCUUAUCGAUUCUUAAAUCUGUAACACAUUUCGUUUAAACCAUCUUGGCAUCAUUUGGGGGUGUUUAAGACGUUUAAUAAUUCAGCUGGUAGGUUGGGAAAUAUAAAGAAGAGCAAUUCUUUUUUUGCAAAAAUGCAGGCUAGACCUUUUGGACCUGCAUCGGAAUUUGGACCGGAUGGCACUUUUCCAAUUUUUUUUUCGGUUAUAUUAAAACUGACUGACUUUAUAAACUACACGUGAUAUUUAUUUUUUCUUCCGUGGCUCAUCACACAUAAACAUGGGCAGUUUCUCGUGUGUUCUAACAUGCAUUUACUCCAAAGUUCAAUGGAGUGAACCUUCAGGAUUGACCUUUCCACUGUAGCUGUUGUGUGCCUGUGGAUGUGUUGCUCACCUGACAAUCACAAUUUUUUUUUGUGUGUGUGAUUAUUAUUAAUUAUUAUUGGUAGUCAUGCAUUUAAAAUAGAAUAAAGUGAAACACAUUUCCCUUAAAUUCAACAGAGAGGCUCAUAAUUUCUUUAAGAAAAAGUAGGGUGCAAGGUUCCAAACUCUGGAAAGAUAGAGGAUAUAGAAGCCCUGUUCCAUAUAUAUACUUGGAGAGGUUAUGAUGCUCUCUGUUUAAUUAAAGGGGAGAUGUGUUUCAUUUUAAUUAAUUUUAAACAUGACAGUUGCUAGUGUGCAAACAUAAUAUUCAUGUUAUGUAUUUCUAUCUCAAAGUUUUUUUAUUAUUACAAAUUUCUAAGAUACCCAAACUGCAAGUGCUAUUACAUUGUGUAGAGUGCGCAGUAACAAAUUUUUCAUGAAAUAAUUCAUUACUUUAACCCUUAACCCUUUAAUUCCCAAGAUCUCAUUACUAAUUCUCCUUACUGUCUUCAAUAUAGUUUGUUUUGAUGUUGGUUUUGUGAAUUUGGUAAUGGAUCAACUAAUAAUCCCCUAAUCAAUAUUUUUCCUUAUUCUCAUCACUUGUCUGUUUGAUACUGUUUUGAUAUUGUAAGGAGAAAUUCUGUCUUGGUCACUUAUGGGAGUUACAGGGUUAAAUCCCUGGGAGUGAUUAGCAUCCAAUUUCUCCCUACAAUAACACCCCUGAAUCAAGCAUUAAGGUCACAAGAAUAAAGGAUAUGAUCACCAACUAAAGAAGCUCUUGAUUGUUAAACAAAUUCUCCUUGUCAACACCUCAAGAAAUGUAUAGAGAAAAAGUAUGGAGAAUGUGCCUAUCGAUUUUAGGGUAAAGAUUUUAAAAAUAAUAAAUAGAUAACUAUAGUUAUUAAAGUAGUUAUUGUUUAUUUUUAUUAUUUUACUAAUACCUACUUACUUGCUAUAUAUGAGUGUUUGUUUAUUUGCUUUUUGCUUUGUUCGUUUACAUGUAUAUACAAGUGAAUUCCUGUUGAUCUUCUGUCAUGCAUGAUUUUACUUGUUUGUAGGUCUUUUUGUGGGGGAUGUUGGCAUUAUGGUUGCAGAUUGUAGUGAUGAAGCUUCUCUCAGUACAAUGUGUUCUGCAGCAAGGAUUAUUCUGAACUGUGUUGGUCCGGUAGGAGAAAAUUUUCUUUCUUUCACACUGUUAAUGGCUGGUCCAUGACUCUCAAAUAAUGUCAAGUCUAGUUGAAAUUUCAGAAAAUACUUGACUCAGUCUGGCCCAGGGCCAUUGACAUGAAAACAUCAGUUAUAAUUGAAGAUGAUUUAAACUUCAGCCUGGUGAAUUGCUUCAAAGAGGAUUUACUUUGGUUUUGUUUCACAGUACCGGUUUUAUGGGGAACCAGUAGUGAAAGCAGCAGUAGAAAAUGGAUGUCACCAUUUGGAUAUCAGCGGAGAACCAGAGGUAUGCAACUAGACGAUAAAUGAUAAAUUAGAGCUCAAGUUUCCUCAUUGUUCCACAAUCUUUUACAACUUUCACUCCUUCCACUCCCAAGAUCCAGUCUUCAAUUUUUGACCCUUCAAGUUAACACCCAAGAUCUCAUCUCUAAUUCUUCUUACUAUCUGCAAAAUGAUUCUCAUUAUGUUAGUUUGGACAAUUUGGUAUUGGAUCAAUUAGUAAUUCCAUAAUUGAUAUUUUUCUUUAUUCUCAUCACUUCAUAGUGAGGAGAAAUUCUGUCUUGGUCACCCACGGAAGUUAAAGGUUAAUAUCUACACUGUGUCAUAAAUUUCUCAGCCUUGAGAAGUCAGUUUUUCUUUUUUUCUCCUACCUUUUCUUCUGAAAAAUGUACUAGUUUUGUAGAAUUAAGAGACGCUAUGUUUUGGUCACCCCUAAGUGAUGAGAAUAAUCAAUUAAGGGAUUAUUAGUGGAUCCGCUACCAAAUUCUCCAAACUAGCAUCCCAAGAAUUCUAUAGAAGACAGUAAGAACUGAACUACUAAUGAGAUCUUGGGAGUGAAAGGAUAAAGCACACAUUUUGGACUGCCACCUAGUUACCGUUCUUUUCAGUGUUUCUGCAAGAACAGUAUAUAAUUCAAAAUUAAAGUAACCUGUCGACAUAUAAAAUACUAAAAAAAGUUACAGCCACUGGUUUAUUUGUGUUAUACCAGUAUUUUUGUAUUGCAUUUCUUUUCUCAGUUCCUGGAAACAAUGCAGCAUAAGUAUCAUAACAAAGCUGUUUGUGCAGGAGUGCAUGUUGUGGGUACUUGUGGAUUUGAUAGCAUCCCAGCUGACAUGGGUGUGGUCUUUACCCAAGAAAGUUUUCCAGGUGCUGAACAUUUGCUGUGUUCAUACUCACAACAGUUAUACAGAUGUUUUAUACUUUAAUAAGUAAAUGGCUGUUAACAUAUCCCAUAUAGGGAUGCCAGGGAGACACAGUGGCUGUAAAAGAAGGCCAUUAAAUUUUAGCAGGGUUUCAUUUAGCACUGUGUUACAAGUAUCCCACAGGUCUCUUGGGGAGGAGGUCAGGAGGUUGAGGGCAGUUUUGUUUAUAAACUCAGCGGAUAAAACUAAAUUAUCUUAUAGUACUCCCUCAGACUCUGCUCCACAGUUUCUUAAGAAAAUUAGCUCUUUAUUCAUUUCUGUAGGGAUUAAGUCUGGAUUACAGUCAUUAGUUUUAGGUCAUUUGCAUUUUUGUUACAUGUUUUAGGGGAACUGUGCCAUUUGGAGAGCUUCUUGACGUUGCAUUCUGGUCCAAAGGUAAUUUUUACAAAUUGUACAUCUACAAGAAUCUACAGUUUACUCCCAAUGACUUGAACCUUCAAGGGAAAUUGAAAAAGGUUUGAUGGAGUUAUUGAUAGUUUGAGUUAUCAGGCACUGAAGAUACAGGCACUGGACAAGUUAAAGUGCCUGUUGUAGCUCUUUAUAAUUUAAUCUGAUUUUGCAUGUAUAGCUGGGUUAUUUUCAACUUUCAGGGAUCAAAGGGGCAUUAUGGGACUUACCAGUCAAUCAUUUAUGGCAUAGCUAGUGAAAGGGAAGGAAAUCUGAAAAAUCUCCGAAAGGAAUUGUUUUCAAAGCCAAUGCCAAAGUUUGGACCUAAACUGGCCAGACGGUUUGUAAAUUUAUUAUUUCAUAAUUUUGCUGAAUUUAGUACUAAAUAUUUUAUGAAAAGUUGUGCGAUGUAAAAUGUUACAUUUUGUCUCUUUAAUUGUGCAAUUUUUACAUCAAGUGGGGGAAGAUUGAUAGUGGGGGGGGGUGGGGUGGGGUGGGGUAAUGAAGCAAACUGAGGUUCAUGCAUAAUCUGUCUUCCUCAAAUUGUUGGAUACAGGAAUGUGAGUGGUUCACGAGUAAAUCUACAAUUCUCUACUAAUUUUGUUGCAAUUGAAGUUAAAAUCUCUUCAAUCAUAAAUUUCACAAAAACCAAACUGUUAAAACAGAUAAGCUCUGUAUAAUUAAAAACAAAAUGAUAAUGUUAUAAUUAUGAUCAUAACUACUUAUAAUAAUAAUAAUAAUAAUAAUAAUAAUAAACAUGAUAAUAGUAACAUUGUAAUAAUAAUAAAAACAAUGAUAAUAAUUUAGUGUUGAAUAGAACCAGACAAAUUGGAAAGGGAACCAUCCUCAAAACUAGGACUCGUGUCUCAUCAGCCAGUGUCUUGGAACAUUUUCCCCGUGAUGCUUUGCUAGGAGAAAGAAACAGAACAAACGGCUCAAACAUGUUGCACGCAAGUCAGUGAUUGAGCAAGUCGAUUGCACAAUUCAUUGUCAAAUUGCCUUUAUGUUUCCACUAGGAGUUUUAUUUCAUACAGUGAUGAGGUACAAAAGUGGUGCAUUCCCUUCCUUGGAGCUGAUCCAUCUGUGGUCAUAAGAACACAGCGGCACAACGUGGAAGUGCGCGACAAAAAGCCAGUCCAGUAUGGCGCAUAUGUGUCUCAGCCUUCUCUGAUGGUUAUUUUUCUUUUCUUGUUCUUUGGUUUCUUCUUUUACAUCUUGUGUCAGUUCAAGAAAGGACGUCAAUUGUUGGAAAAGGCAAGCCUUAUAGAGAUUAGUUCUUAGCUUGAAUCAGAUAUUUGUAAACUUCAAAAGCGCUUUUAUGAUUUAUCGUAAGGAAAUACUGUCACUGAAGGAAAAAAAUGUGCCUGUCUAGUCUGUCAGUUCAUACACUUAAUAAUGUGUUGUACUUAUAUUUCUUCAGCAUCCAAAGUUCUUCUCGUGUGGCUUUUUCUCACAUGAAGGACCAACCAGAGAACAGGUGAGGUGCUUACGACUAUCAUCUCUCACAGCGCUCUCUGCGCUUCUCACUCCGUUCUCUAUAUUUCCUUGCUCCUUUCUGGCAUGAUGGGUCAAGACAAUUUUGGUAAAUUUCUCCACUCCUGUCUGUUAUUCACAGCAGAUUGCCAUCUGUACUUGAAACGCAAUUAUAGUCGACCAACCGGCUAAGUUCCUCGAGCCAAUUUUCUGUACAGUAUUUGCUACGGUAGUCGAAAGUAAUCCGAGAUUUCACUGGUUUUGUCUCGCUUUCUCUGUGACUGGUCAAAGAAACGCGCGCCUCUCCCUCAACCAAUCAGAAGCAAAACUUAAACUAUUGCCGCUUGGUCGCUCGCGCUUUAGGCAGUGUGAUUGUUUUAACUCUGAUUUCCAAUUGGUUCUAAUUUUUUUUUCUCCCCUCUCCUGAUUGGCCGUUGUGAUUACAUAUUCGUGUUUCGGAGGCUUGCUGUGUAUAAUAAAUAUGGAAUCACGUGAAGAGAUACGUGGAGAGAAAGCCCUACAAGAGAUCUGUUGAAACGCAGUCCAUUUUAACAUCCACCUCUGUUCCUUUCCGGCAUUUGAGUUCUUCGUCCUACAGUUUUAUGAUAUUGUAGUCAAUAACAGCAGCAAGGGUUUCAUGAAAAAGCCUGUUACCGGCUGUCUACCGUCGCUUAUAAGACCGCUGACCGCCGUCUGUUUAGCCUGCGAGCCGGCUCUCAUGUUUGGAUUUAGUUUUACGGUCCCUUCCAAGGGUAACUAACGUCUCACUUCUCCUUACAACAUCACCCCUGAAUCAAACAGCAAGGUCAUGAGAAUAAAGGAAAUGAUCACCAACUAAGGAAGCUCUUGAUUGUUGAACAAAUUCUCCUUGUCGUAAUAGUAAGUAAUGGGUUAAACCAUCGGCAGCUGCUUAUGGAAAAAAGGUUGUUGAACCCCUGAAGCUGUAUAUGACCUACUUGAUUGAUUUAUUGGUUGAAUGGUUAUGAUAUAUACGUAAACUUCUGCUUUAAAUUGCAGAUGGCAGAAACUUCGUUUUCUUUCGUUAUGAAGGGAGCUGGGUACAGUAAAAAAGCUGUGCAGUCAGGGUAAGUCAGAACUCUACUUGCUUUUUUUGUUGUUCCUUUUGUUAAUUAUAAGCAUUUUAGACGUACUGAUGGACAUAAAUUUACAAUUGGGAAAACAAAAGGUCGGUUUCUCGUUAUAGCGAAAGCCCAUGCUAUACAUUUUUUGAAUAACCCUUUGGCACCUGAGAGUGAUCAUCAUCUAAUUUCUCCUUACCUUAUCACUGCUAAAUCACACAUCAAGGUCUCGAGAAUAUAGGAAAUAAUCACCAACUAAAGAAGGUCUUGAUUGUUAAACAGAUUCUCCUUGUCAGCACCUUUGGAAAUUUAUAGAGAACAGUAUGGAGAAUAUGUAUACUGAUGUUAGGGUGUAAAGGGUUAGGUAACAUUGGUGACAUUGUUCCCUAUGUAGGGAUGCCCCAGCUAAACUUGAUUGUCAGAUGGUAACCAAAGUGACAGGACCAGGUGAGUCCUAACUGUUGUUUUUUUCACCAACAGCCCAUUGCUCUCUUUCAAUUUAAGGGGUAAUUUAGCGUUAUCAGCUGAGUUGAUAACGGAAAUUGGCCACCGUAAAGAGUUUCAAAACUGACGUUUCGAACGUUAGCCUUUCGUCACAGCGAGUGGAGGAAUUGUGGAUUGUGUGUGUGUUUAUACGCUAUUGGUGGGAAUAUGGUGACGAGAAAACAAGAAUAAAUUAGUGAAUAAAUCAGUGAAAUAAUCAGCGAUCAUUGAUCAAUUUAAAGGGGUUAGGUUAUACAGCUAGAGAACACAUUUCUGUCUUUCAUUUACCAAAAUAAUAACAAAUAAGGACAAAUUUUAAGGCAAAAAAGAGAUACGCAUACAAAUCACGAUGAAAUUAGAAAGGUCACGGCUUUGUAUUUCAAGUUUGCCUCAAUUAAUGGAGUCAGAUCAGUUUUCUUGUUUUUGUUAAUUCACGUACAAAUGAUUAGCUUUUGUUUUCUCUGCACCAGUUACUCUGCGAUUUUCAACUAAUAUUAAGAUACUUAAAGCAAUUUUUGUCCACUUUGUCAGUGCUUAGGUUCCCUUAAAUUGCAUGACUCAAGGCAAGAAAUAAUUUACCGGCUGGCGCAGGUCAAGUUUUCUGGACCACCCCUUUUUUUGACUUGAACUUAACCCACAUUUGGCUUGACAAAUAUAUCCAUUAUGUCACAUUUCAAUAAAUUCCACACUUUAAGUAUAUUUACCAUAGUUUUUAUCGUUUAUGCAGCCCCGAACUUAAAGCAGUGGAGUGAUAGAGCCGUACUUGAAACCUGAACUUAGCGUAGAAUUAAACUUGUCUUCGCAUGCACAAACAACCAGUCAAAACAUCUGAUCAACGAAGAAGUUGACUGUACAAAACCUUUAUUUGAACGGACAUUGUCCUCGAAUGGCCAUUGUUUCGAGCACUGUGACCAUUUAAUCAUUUACAAUACCUAAAGCUUUGGGCAUGUCCAUAGUGCAGUGUGUUAUAUGCUGUAACAUUCCUUUUUUAACUCAUCAGAGGCAGCUUAUGUUGCCACUCCUAUCUGCAUGGUACAGGCUGCUAUGGUGAUCCUGGAAGAGACUUUACCAAACAGGUAUCUUAAAAUAAUGUUUUAUAUAGGUAUUUUGACUAAAAAACAUUAGGAUUUAUCUUGAGGACAGCCGCUUCAACUAGUUUACAAUGUGAUCAUUUCUUUUUCAGUGGAGGUGUUCUUACUCCAGCUGCAGCUUUCACGGGGACAUCAUUGAUUGAUCGGCUCAAUGAAAAUGGUGUUGUGUUCUCAGUGCUUAGUUGCAAAGAAAGUGGAACAUACUAG